AUGAAGAAAGUGGGCAACAUGUGGAGCAGCCUGAAAAGCAGAUGCCAGACGUUCUUUCACAGCUCAGGACCUAAUGAAAGCAAAGUUGAGGCUGAAUCUGUCCACUGUGUAGUGGAUCAUGGUGAAGGAGACAGCUCAGGGGAGGGUCAAGGUCCAAGAGCCACCAGCCCAUCGUGGAGUCUCCUGCCUGUGCAAGUGGCCACGACAGGUCGCCGCCAUCACAACUGUGUUUCAGAUAUCCCGCAGAUCGUAGAGAUUACCAUCGACAAAGAUGCCGAGGAUGUCCGAGGAGGCUCGGGGCCUGUUCCCAUGGCACGGAGGGACUCUUACUCUCGCCAUGCCCCAUGGGGGGGCAAGAAAAAGCACUCGUGUUCCACUAAGACCCAGAGCUCCUUGGAGGCCGAACGGCGUUCCGGGCGCUUAAGGGGAAGCGGGAAUCGCAGAGACAGGCGAUACGGGAUCAGCUCCGUCCAGGAGAUCAACGACUCUGUAUCCGGGGGACGCAAUCUGAACGCACGCUCUUUGCGCCAGCGGCUAAGCGACACAGUUGGCUUGUGCUUACCGCUGCCUGCACGCAGACGCUCUCACACCUCCAAGAACCCCGUCGUCUCCAAGCGGAAGAUUCACCUGACUGAGCUCAUGCUGGACACCUGCCCCUUCCCACCGGGCUCUGAUCUGGCUCACAAGUGGCACUUGAUCAAACAGCACACGGCACCAGUCAGCCCGCAUUCCUCCACCACCAUUCUCGAUGCUUUUGAUCCAGCCCACCCUUCGCCCGAGGAUGAGGAGGAACGUCUGCGGGAGCGCCGCAGGCUCAGCAUCGAGGAGGGCGUAGAUCCACCGCCCAACGCACAGAUCCACACCCUAGAGGCCUCAGUGCCAAGCUCUUCUCUCUACAAACUGGGACCAAAGAUGGCUCCUGGCAUGGGAGAGGCCUCUGGGGAAGGACGGGCUUGUGGGGCCGGCAGUUCGGGGGUCGCGGGAUCAUCAGGAGCCAGCGUGCACGUGUUGGGGGCUGCAGCCUCAGCCCAGGACUGUGAUUCGGAGGAAGAUUCCACCACCUUAUGCCUGCAAGCCAGGAGGCCCAAGCAGAGGCAUGCCUCUGGGGACGGCCACCUGAGCCGGCAGCAGCCCGGGCCCUGGAAGGUCCACACCCAGAUAGACUACAUCCACUGCCUGGUGCCAGACCUGUUGGAGAUUACAGCCUUGCCCUGUUACUGGGGCGUGAUGGACCGCUAUGAGGCUGAGGCGCUGCUGGAUGGCCGGCCGGAAGGCACCUUCCUGCUGCGCGACUCGGCCCAGGAGGACUACCUCUUUUCUGUUAGCUUCCGCCGUUACAAUAGGUCCCUGCACGCACGCAUCGAGCAGUGGAACCACAACUUCAGCUUCGACGCUCACGACCCUUGUGUUUUCCAUUCUUCUACCGUCACAGGACUGCUGGAGCACUACAAGGACCCCAGUGCUUGCAUGUUUUUCGAGCCGCUGCUCACAGCGCCUCUCCAUCGGACCUUUCCCUUUGGCCUGCAGCACCUGGCACGAGCCGCUAUCUGUCGCUGGACCUCUUACGAUGGCAUAGGCUCUUUGCCGUUGCCCCCUGCCCUGCAGGACUUUCUCAAGGAGUAUCACUAUAAACAGAAAGUACGAGUUCGCUGGCUAGAGAGGGAACUGCCACUCAAGGUUAAAUAA